AUGGCAAACGCGAAUCUCCCUCGAUCUGCGCGUAAACAACCGAUCCCUCCACUCGGAUCUAAUGCCACUGCCAUUUCCCAUAAAGGAUCACCCGCAACCGCACUCGCCACAGUGCCUCACCGCAGCGGUUCCGGUUAUGCAUCCGAUCAGUCCACCUCGUCCACGAUCUCAGAGCGAGUCGCUGUGCCUGCAGUCAAUCCAAGCCCACCCUCCCGAUCACCGUAUAAUACAACCCCCAAAACUCCAAGUCCAUUUUUGAAAGAUACUCAGCUUCUUCCUGCCUCACAGCACCAAGAAAGGCCCAUUCCUUCCAAAUACUCGUACGUGCAGACGGCUCAGCCCCCACCCGCGGAAGCCGAUACUUCAUCUACUAGUGUGACAGAAAUUGGAUCCGCGUAUGCUCCAUCGUUAGCAUCGGGUUCGAAGCCUUCACCUUCUCCAGGCCCAAGUUCGAGUCUUAUGUCGUCUCUUGUUUCAAGUCGCAUUUCUUCUCUCACUUCGCCUGCCCACACUCCACCAGCAACUACGACCAGAGCCCAAGAUGUUGUGGUGACGGACGUAGCCAAGAUCCAUUCCAGGCCUCCAGAGCGUGUACCAUUGGGCCUGAAUACUGCCUACAUCGUCCCACCGAGAAUAGCAUCCGCAGUAAAAGCAAUGGGCCAGCAGAACUGGGAAGAGUACGUCCGAUUGGUGGAGCUAUUUGUGGAUGGAAACAUCGCUGAAGAGGCGCUGACUGCGAAAACAACUAAAAUAUUUCAGAUAGGGGACAUAAGAGCUGGAGAAAUGCUGAGGAACCAAGCAUGUGAGAUGAUUCGACAGGCGAGACAGGAGGACGAUAUCUCUUUUGGGCUCGAUACGGAUAUGGAGCUAUAG